AUGGCGUUGCCCAUCUGGCUAUCUGGAUUCCUCUCGUUCCUGGUCAUUUACUACGCAUACAGCUCAAUCCGUUCUUAUCUGCGGCUUAGGAGGUUCAAUGGGCCUUGGUCUGCAGCAUGGUCGAAUUUCUGGUACAUACGCGCCUCACUCAGCGGCAAAGCACAUAUAGCUCUUGCCGAGGUAUGCAGCAAGUAUGGCAGUACGGCACGCAUAGGUCCAAACACGCUUGUCACAUGCGACGAGGAGCUCUUCAAGAAAAUCAACUCGAUACGUUCGGGUUAUGUCAAGUCGGACUACUACAAGGCAUUUCGCUUUGAUGCCGACCGGGAGAAUGUUCUCAGCACCACCGAACCCGAGGCUCUCUCUUACAUGAGGAAAAGAGUGACCGCUGGCUAUUCCGGCAAGGAGAAUGCGCACCUCGAAUCAGACAUGGAUCGUGCUCUGUGGAGUUUGUUUAAGCUGUGGAAGGACAAAUAUAUCGCCCCUGGCUCCAAUUCUCAGCGGGUGGAUCUUGCCAGAAUGAUGCAGUAUCUCACUCUCGACAUUAUUUCGACAUUGUCUCUCGGGGAGCCCUUGGGGUUUCUAGACAAGGACGAAGAUCUCUACGAAUACAUCCAAACCAUGACAGCAAAUUUCCCAGCCAUGACAUUCAUGUCAGCGGUCCCCAUCCUCAGCAGGCUAAUGCGUAUCCCUUCGGUUCAGCGGGUUCUCGCACCGUCUGUGAAAGAUCGCAUCGGAAUGGGCAAGUUGAAGGCGGUUGUGAGAGAGAAGAUAUCUCGACGACUUUCUGGGGCGAAAGAAGAAGGCAGGCAGGACAUGGUCCUCAGCUUCGUCAAGCACGGUCUAUCACAGGGGGAAAUUGAAGACGAAUCCAUGCUGCAGAUUCUGGCGGGAUCCGAUACGACGGCCACCAUCCUUCGCAUCGCCCUGAUCUACAUCAUCUCCAAUCCACGCAUCUAUCGAGAGCUCCAGCGUGAGUGUGAUGCCGCAAAAGUACCUGAGGACGAGAUCAUCACGAACGAACGGGCAUUACAAUUACCUUAUCUUAUGGCAGUCAUCCAAGAAGCGCUUCGUUACCACCCCGCUGCUUCAGGACAUGGCCCCCGAAUCGUGCCUCCACAAGGCGACACCCACGACGGAAUGUACAUCCCACCAGGGACGGUCAUCACCGUCUGCACCUGGAAGCUCCAUCGCCUGAACUACGAUGCGUACGGAGAAGACGCCGAUGUCUUUCGGCCCGAGAGAUGGCUGGAAGCGAGUCCCGAGCGACGCGCGAGGAUGGAAAAAGCCCACGACCUGGUCUUUGGCUACGGGUCGUUCCGAUGCCUGGGCGAAAGGAUCGCACGCAUCGAGUUGCACAAGGUCCUGUUCGAGCUGAUGAGGCGCUUUGAUUUCGAACUCCUCAAUCCCAUGCACCCGCUCGACAAUGACGUGAAUUACGGCAUUUUCCUCCAAAGUGGACUGUGGGUGCGUGUCGAAGAACGCAAGCUCUGAGACCUGGACAUGCCGAGCCUGGCGGGCGUCGACGCUCAUUCUUCAGAUUGAAAUUUGGAAGCAAGAGCAGAAGAGGGCUCACGAAGAUCCCAACUGUCGAAAGAUAUCAAAUCCUCAAUAGUGCUAUGAGACCUCCGAGGGUGGAACGCUUGUAC